GUCGCCUGUAGCCAGGCUUCCCCUUAUGUCGCCUGUAGCCAGGCUUCCCCUUCUGUCACCUGUAGCCCGGUGCCCCCCUGCAGACCCAACCUUUCCUCAGAGCCGGGUCCCAACGGACUCGCCCUGGGCGCCGCUUCCGAGCCAGUGCUGCCCGACGCGCCUCAUCAAGCUGGCGCAGUCCAGCACGCCCCCACAUAUUUGUAUGCCCGGUCGGGGUUCUUUUUUGUUCUUGGGUUCUUGGCCCUCCGUCCUAUGCCUCCCUCCGCCCACCCUGGGUGGGUAGUUUUUCGUUUUUUGGUCUUUGUCAGGUCUGCCCCUAUUAUGCCCGGCUUUGGGCGUCUGGAAUCCGCCCUUGAGGGGGGGGUUCUGUAAUGAUUCUAACUCAGUCUUUCGCCUGAUCACCUCCUCCCCACUGAUCACCGUCACCUGCAACUAUUCCCUGCUCUAAUCACUCCUGUCAGGCCAUCCCUAUUUAAGCACCACAGUCCUCCUUCACGUCCUCGUCCCUGCUCCGACGCACCACCUGUCCCACUUCGUCAAGCACGCCUCGGAUCCAGCUCCAGAGCUCAUCAGGCCCGGUCUGUCAGCGCUCCAGCGUCUGCCCGCUUCAUCCCCACCAUCUCCAGUCGGCUUCGGCCCGGUCCUGUCUCUGAUCCAUCCAACCUUCUUUGUGACAAUAAAAGCUCCUUAAUCCACGGCCCUGUGUACGGUUUAAUUCGGGCUCUAGACCCCAGGCAUUACAGGAAAUCUUUCAUUUGUUAGUUUCUUUGUAGGGUUCAGUGUCACAUGUUCUCCUGGACCAAAAGUGGAGUGCAUUCCAUUACUCUAUGUUCAUAUUUUUAACUGUAGUAUUUCUUCCCAUUGACUUUAAGGGGGCGAUGUCGAUUGCAAGUCAGAGUUGGUGUAUUUUAACACAAAAGGAACGUUUGUCUCAUAUUUAUAAUGAAGUUAACAUACACGUUUAGUCAUAUUUAAUAAAUUAUGGACUGUAAUAGUAAAAAAAAAAUAAGUAUACAAUAUGAAAUGUCACGCAAAGCCGGUACAGGAUGAAACUAUAGAUGGAGUAAAGCGAGUCAAUUUUUGUUGUAAAUUAAAAGUAGUUUAGUGUUGAAUACACAGCAGGAACGUAAAGGACGGCUAAACCUUCCUGCUUUAAACCAGCUGUGGUGUGAAACAUGACAGCUUGAAUGAAGAAGUUAAACCCUCAAUAGUUACAGGAAGUAGAAAGACUGUGGGUUAAAAGCUCAAGCUGACAGAGUUAUACAGGAAGCAGAGAGAGACGAUGAAGCAGAGAGGAACCAUGGAGGAGUCUAGAUGGAGGAAAAUGUUUGUAUUUUUCCUGCUGUUGCUGCAGAUUCCAGGAGCAGAGAACAGAGAACUCUCCCUCUACUUCACCAUCAGAGCUGGAGAUGACGUCACUUUGCCUUGUGAAAAUGUGGAUCAUGGUUACAGUGACUGUAGCUCCACCUCCUGGAUUCACGGUAAAUCAGGACAAGGUGCUGUAGAGAUAGUUAAUCAUGGGCAGGUUAAAGAUGGCCGCUCAGACAGACUGAGUUUGUCUCCAAACUGUUCUCUGGUUCUAAAGAAAGUCACAGCUGAGGAUGUUGGUCUCUACAUCUGCAGACAGUUUAUAUCAGCAACACAGAGCGGACCAAAUGCUAAAGUUUAUCUUUCUCUUAUGAACUUGAGAGAAGAUCAGAACCAGAACAUGGUGACAUUAACCUGCUCUGUGUUGACAGACAGACAGUGUAAAAACAGAGUGAAGUGGUUGUUUAAUAGUAACUAUGAGGAUAAAGAUAACCGAGAAAUAACAGAAUCAUCCUCUUCCUGCUCUGCUGCUGUCAGCUUCCAGACGUCUCAUUACAUUUAUCCAUCAAGGUUUAACUUGUUCAGCUGUGAAGUAAAGACAGAGGAUGAAAGACUGCUGACUUUUACCUUCAGCUCUCGUCCAUCAGUGACCACAACACCAGUUACACCUAAACUAAGAAAAACACCAGAUGACAGCAAUACAGAACAUGCAACAGUCUGGUGGAGGUUCCUCCUUGGUUCUGUGGGUUUAGCGGCUCUGAUAGCAGCUGUUGUGAUCAUCAGCAUUUGGACCAGAACUAAAGGGAGAAAAACACAUCUGGAGGAAAACCCUGUCUGUCAUGAUGAAGAUGACGGUGCAGAGAAAUACGAAAACAUCAGAACUUCUACAUUUUGACCUCCUGCUGCUGCCAGACUCUGCAGAUCUACAAGCUCAACAUCAGCAGGUUUAUCUUUGCCUCUUUAGACAGGUUUUAGAGGUAAAAAUAGUUGUUACCUGCUCUAGUGAUGUCUAAAUAAUCUUGGCUUUCAUUUUUGUGGGAAAAACAAAACUUAACAUUCACCUGAAGUUCAUGCUUGUUUGAUUUUAUUAUAAAGGGGACAUUUCAUGCUUUUCAGUUCUUCCUGUUUCACACUGAAAUCCUUCAGUUGUGGUUUAUAUAAAGUGGAACUUCAAUGCUCUGGUCUGAAUUCCUCGUUAAUUUACCUCAUUUUACCUCUGUGCUGAGAAGCCUCUGGGAGCAACUCGUUUUCGAUGCUGUCUCUUUAAAUUAAAGGAGGCACUUCACACGCCGCCCCCUUCAGGACACAGAGGAUUUAAUUUAACCCGUUCGGCCAUUUUUAUAGUCUGCUGGAGGACGGUGUGAUGAACAACUGAUGAUUUAUCCACUUUGACUACAUAAUCGCUGUGGGAAAUAAAAAUGUAUGAAUUUGGUAAGUUUGAAGUCCAUGACCUUGUUUAGCAGAGCUGCAGCAAAUACUGUGACGUAACUGAUAAAAAAAACAUAAUAGCAAACAGCUUGAAAAAUAUGACCCAAACAGAAUAUAAAUAUCUCUAUGCAGCUCCUAGAGAGACUGCAUUCAACUUUUCUGCACUCCUAGAGACUCCAAAUAUAAGACCAAACCUAUUUAAAGGCAAAAACAUGGAUUUUGCAUGAUAUGUCCCCUUUAAGUUAAAUGGGCUUUAAUCAGAGGUGGGUAGUAACUGUUUACAUAUAGUCAUUUAUAUUUACUUGUGUAACUCUUUAACAAAAUAUACUUCUCAAAAUAGUUUUACUGCACUGUACUUCUUAAGUAAAUGUUAUGAAGAUGUAUCACUACUCUUAAAAUUUCUGGCUACUCUAUCCACAGUGAGUAACUUCACUGAAUAAAGAACAAACUUGUUUCAACCAAAAAUGCACCAGAGACAAUCAGCUACAGUUUAUAUUAAGGUGAGACUUCUUGUCUGUACUGAGCUUCGUUGUUUUAAAGGUAUUUUCUAUCUGCUGAGUUUAUUGAGCCAUAUACAGGUCAAUUAACCACAGUAAACAGUAGAUAUUGUAAAUGGAAGCACUCUGCACUGUCCUAACUUGCUGUAUAUACAAUAAAUACUUGGUUUCAUAUGUUUUAUGUUGAAAAACAUUGUUUAGAAAAGUGUUUGUUCU